GGAUGGUGGAACUCACAUCCAAGACGAUUCAGUUGAAAUUUGUCCAUGAACUCUUCAAAGAUUAGUUUUUUUUUUUUUAUGACAAGCUCUUCAAAGAUUAGUUUAUAUAUCCUAGUUGUAAUAAUCAUCGACAAAAACACGUUACUUUUAACAUUUAUCUCUUCUUUAUUUUUAAAUAAUAAUCAUCAUUAUUUAAGACAAUCUCUCUAUUUAUUAGACUCGUCAUUAGCAUGUGAGAUGAACUAAUUGUUAAGUCUCUAUACAUAGGAGUGUUAUUUUUACGUGAACUUAUCUUUUGGAUAUUCCGAUGGAAAACUCAGCUGCAGUUGGAGUAGCAAUGCCGCCUCCUAACAAAGGGAAGCUAAUAACCAUUCUCUCCAUCGAUGGAGGAGGAAUUAGAGGAAUCAUUCCCGGGGUUAUCCUUGCAUAUCUUGAAUCACAACUUCAGGAAUUGGAUGGUGAAGAUGCAAGAAUCGCGGAUUAUUUUGACUUGAUAGCAGGAACAAGCACGGGCGGCCUUGUAACAGCCAUGUUAGCUGCACCAAACAAAGCUAAACGCCCUCUUUAUGCUGCCAAAGAUAUUACUCCUUUCUAUCUUGAGCACUCCCCCAAAAUCUUUCAUCAGAUUGGUGGACCAUUUGGUGGGGCAAUAAAUCUAACAAAAAUGUUGAACAGACCAAAAUAUGAUGGGAAGUAUCUUCACACACUUAUAAAGGGACUCCUAGGAGGUACCAGGUUGCAUGAUACCUUAACUGCCGUCGUAAUCCCAACUUUUGACAUCAAGGAACUUCAGCCUGUCAUCUUCAGCUCAUAUGAGACAAAAUCAAAACCUGUUUUGGAUGCGGAACUGGCGGACAUUUGCAUUAGUACCUCGGCAGCGCCAACAUUUCUACCUGCCCAUAAUUUCAAGACCAAGGAUGCUCAAAAUAAUGAAAAUGAAUUCAACCUAAUUGAUGGUGGUGUGGCUGCUAAUAACCCGACAUUGAUCGCAAUUGGUGAGGUGACAAAGCAAGUACUGAUGAAGCAUGAAGACUUAUUUCCUAUCAAGCCCUUGGAUUAUGGUCGUUUUCUAGUGAUCUCACUGGGGACAGGCAAUGCAAAGAACGAGGGAAAAUACAAUGCUAAAAUGGCUUCGAAAUGGGGAUUACUUAGCUGGCUAACUCAUGACAACUCCACACCAAUCAUUGAAGCAUUUAAUCAAGCAAGCGCUGAUAUGGUUGAUUUUCACAACUUUGUGGUUUUUAAAGCUCUUCAAUCGGAUGAUCAAUACCUCCGAAUCCAGGAUGACACUUUGACAGGGAACUUGGCCUCAGUUGAUAUAGCGACAAAGGAAAACUUACAAGGCCUCGUUAAGGUAGGAGAGAAGUUGCUGGACAAACCAACUUCCAAGAUAAACUUAGACAAAGGAGUUUAUGAAGCAGUUGAGAACGGAGGAACCAACAAGGAAGCUCUUCGAAGGUUCGCAAAGAUACUUUCAGAUGAGAGAAAGUUCCGCCAGUCCAAUGCCGGCCAGUAGCCGGUUGGUCUAAAUGGAAUUGUAUUGUCAUCCAUUUCUGUGUAUUAUUUGUUUCAGUUAAAUAAUUUUCUACUUAGCUAUUUCUUUUUAUGAUUUCAUAGUACUUUCACAUAUAUAUAUAUAAAGUCGAUCCACUUGGGAGACUCCAAAAACAAAGUUAACAAAUAUAGACACAAACUGCAAAAAGCACUGCAUCUGUAAACACGUUAUAAACUGAAGUAAUCUCUAAAAAUUGUAAUAGAAAUUAGAUUCUUAAGUGAGUAAUUUCACAUAAUUAAGUACCUGGGUAAUUCACUCCAUACAAAACAAAGUAUAAAGUAAAAUCAAAUAUAAAGUUGCAAACAUAAAAAUGAUAAGGUAGCUGUUUGUGGUGUACCCCUAUAUUUGAAAAAUACAAAAAGAGAACUUUUAACUGAAAUCUAGUUGCUGCUGCUUCAGAAAUUCGGGUCUGAAGUUGGGCUCGGGCGAAUGGGCCUAGAACGUCGUCAUAUGCUUUGGCAUGUCACCGCCCAGAAGAGAAAUUAUGAGCUGGGGCAUCAGCUAUUUAACAUACAAAAUUGAGAUACUAUCACCCAAUCAUCCUAUUUUAACUAACACAGAUGAACAAGGUCAUGCAGUAAAUAACAUCAGCAGACAAUGUCCCAAGUUGUGGAAUCAAUCCUCCCUUGCAUAAUAAGCUUUCUAAGAUUUUCAGACAAGUGCUUCAGUAAAAAUCAUUUCGAUUUUUUUUAUCAGAAAUCCUUGCUCCUGCAAUCUUGACAACAGGGUGAUCCUUUGGUUGGAUAAGCUUCAAAGCUAGAUGAACCCUCAGAUCACCCAUUAACUACUUUUGGUUAACAUCCACAAUUCACUUAAGUCUACAUCAAUGUAGGGAGGGAUGACAUCCGCUGGGCAUAGAAACUUUACCGUUCUCUUGAUGAUAUUCAAAUAUAACCCUACCAAAUUGGUUAACCGAUAAUUAUUAGAAAUAUAACAACAUACCCGCUUGAAGUCCAACUAAGUGAGGUCUAGGGAGGGCCGAUGAUUAUUAAAAAAAUUUUAAAAAAUAAAUAAAGAAAAACAAAAGCGCAAGCAAAUAGGAAAUGGAUAUCAUCUCACAUGUUAUCCGUGUUUCCUUUCAUCAUUUUAUCCUUCAGCAAGGAUUCUUUCUUCUGAAAUUGACCAUCAAUUCUAAGAGAAGCAUUAAUUAUGAAGCUCACUAAGUCAUAAGAUACAGAUUUCAUAUAUUAGCUGAAAGAAUAGACAACGUACCCCACAAACAGAUCGUGGGCUCAUGUUUUUAAGCAUUAUUAAAAGAGGAAUUUAUUGAAUUGGGCUAACCCUAUUUGAAACUAAAGAGCAGCCCGGUGCACUAAGCUCUAGAUAUUGCAUAGGUGCGGGAUGGCCGGACCACAAGAGUCUAUUGUAGGCAGUGUUACUGGCAUCUAUUUGAAUAAAAAGGAAGCAUAAUAGUAAUUAGGUUUACUCUUUACGCCCUAUCCUCUACUUUUAGUUGCUCAAAUCUUUGUAUUUACCUUUUUUGAUCAAAUGGCAGAGGUAAGUUAGACUAUCUGGGUUUUAGUCAUACAUCUGAGGUAUAAUGACCUCAGCAGCUGUUAUAAACUAUCCAAUAUGAACCUCUACUAUGUAAGGUGGACAAAUUUGACUGUUAUCAUUCUCAAAAAAAAAAA